AUGUCGGAGCAAAUCCCCGACUUCGCCAACGUGAUUGAAAAGGCUCAUCGGGCAUCCAACUUUGAGCACAGCUUGACCAAUCGCGAUGCCUUCAAGAUAUUCCCCAAGGCAAUCGGAUUUUCGCUCGUCCUUUCUCUUGCUAUCAUCAUGGAGGGAUAUGACACCUCCCUUCUCGGCUCAUUCUAUGCCUACCCCACCUUCCGCGAGAAAUUCGGAGUCCAAACCGAAGCAAGUGGCUAUCAAGUUACCUCGAAUUGGCAAACUGGCCUGCAGAAUGGAACCAACGUUGGCCAGAUCCUCGGUCUAAUAUUUGCCGGUCUCAUUGCAGACCGCUUCGGCUACAAGAAGACUAUGCUGGGCGCGUUGAUUGCGCUGAUCUGCUUUAUUUUCCUCAUGUUCUUCGCCCAAAAUAUUAUCAUGUUGCUGGUCGGUGAAGUUCUCUGUGGUAUUCCAUGGGGAGCCUUCCAAACCUUGACAACGACUUACGCCGCCGAAGUUAGUCCUAUCGUCCUUCGACCAUACCUGACAACGUACGUGAACCUCUGCUGGGUCACUGGGCAGUUUAUCUCUGCCGGAAUCCUGCGUGGACUCUUGGGACGUACUGAUCAAUGGGGCUGGCGGAUACCAUACGCAAUCCAAUGGGUGUGGCCUAUUCCUAUUAUCAUUGGUGUUCUCUUCGCACCUGAGUCUCCGUGGUGGCUCGUCCGACAUGGGAGAACCGAAGAUGCAAAGCGAUCUCUCAAUCGCUUGUCCAGACCCCAGGUCUCAGAAUAUGAUCCUGAAGAUGCUGUUGCAUUAAUGAUCCUCACGAAUGCCAACGAAAAGAUCUCCCGGGAGGGUGUAUCAUACUGGGACUGUUUCAAGGGCGUUGAUAUCCGCCGUACAGAGAUCGUCUGCUGCGUCUGGAUGUGCCAAGUCUUCUGUGGUAUCUGGUAUGGUGGUAACAUCGUAUAUUUCCUGCAACAAAUCAAUUUCAGCAACGAGCAAGCCUUCAACUUCGGACUCGGAUUGAACGCCGUUGGCUGGUGUGGUACCGUCUGCUCAUGGUUCGUGAGGCAGCGAGUUGGUCGACGCAAGUUGUUCGUCACCGGUCUAGGAAUCUUAUUCUGCAUCCUGAUGCUGGUUGGAUUCCUCGGUAUCCCGAGUGGCAAGAAUGCAGGAAUUAGCUACGCCUCGGCUGCCCUUUUGAUGGUUUUCGUCUUCACUUAUGAUCUGACCGUUGGGCCUGUUACCUAUUGUCUUAUUUCCGAGAUUCCGUCUACUCGUCUUCGGAUCAAAAGUACCGUUCUUGCUCGUGACUGCUACAAUGUUGCCAGUAUCGUUGCCAACUUCUUGAACCCGCCCAUCCUCAACCCUUCCGCCUGGGAUUUGAAGGGCAAGGGUGGAUUUAUCUGGGCCCCCUUUUGUCUCGUCUGUUUUGUCUGGUCUUUCUUCCGUCUCCCCGAGCCCAAAGGGCGAACUCCGGCUGAACUGGAUAUUUUGUUCGAGAAGAAGGUUCCUGCUCGCAAGUUCACCAAGUUUGAGGUUACGCCGUUUCGAUCGGCUAACUUUGAGGUUGUCGACACGAAUGCUCUGUCGGAGAAGUACUAG